CUUGCUUUAGGAGUUUGAAGUCCAAUAUGGUUGGGUCGAGGGUACUUGCAGAACACCAUAGGAACAGAAUUAUAGCAAAUCCGCAGAUCAGAAUCAGUGAGAUAGUGAGAUUGUCUCAUUUAGAAUUAGGGGUUCAUGUUUCAAUGGAUAAGUGUAAACUAGCAAAGGAAAGGAUUAUGAAGGAGGUGAAGGAAACUCACACGAAGGAAUUUGCUCAGUUAAGAGGGUAUGCAGAAGAGCUGCUGAGAUUGUCCCCUCAGUCAAAUGUUCAAAUUGACAGUGAGCCACCCACAACUCCAGAGGGAAAACCUAUGUUUAAAGGAAUCUAUGUGUGUUUAGAAAGAUGUAGGAAGGGUUUUCUACUGGGCUGUAGACCAGUAAUUGGAGUAGAUGCCUGUUUCCUCAAGGGGAUGUUCAAAGGAACUAUUUUGGCAGCUGUUGCAAGGGAUGGGAACAAUCAAAUGUUCCCAAUAGCUUGGGCUGUUGUUGACUCAGAGUCUACCAGCUCAUGGAUGUUUUUUUUUAGAUGUCUAGCUGAUGAUCUAUCAAAUCACACUGGGCGAGAUUUAACGUUCAUUUCGGACCAACAUCCUGGGUUGAUUAAUGCAAGACAAACAGUUUUCCCUGAGGCUAGGCAUAGAUUGUGUGCCAGGCAUUUAUAUGCCAAUUGGCAAAAAAUUUUCAGAGGGAAACUAUUGAAGAAAAGAUUCUGGAUUGCUGCAAGGUCAACAUAUGAAGGUCAAUUCAACAAAAACAUGGAGGAGAUCAGAAAUUUAUCCGUGGAAGGUCAUGACGCCUUAAAAUCAAUCCCCCCAGAGCUGUGGUGCAAGGCAUUCUUGGACACAUCAUGUAAAUGUGAUGUGGUGGAUAACAACAUGAAUGAGACCUUCAACAAUUGGAUAAUGGAUGCCAGGUAUAUGCCAAUCAUCCAACUGUUAGAAUAUAUAAGGGUUAAGGUGAUGGUCAGGAUGGCUAAGAACAGAGAAGAAAUCAGCAAAUGGAGAGGAGAUAUAGCACCCAGAAUUAGGAAGAAGUUAGAAGCAAAUAAGAUUGAAGUUGCCAAAUGCAGAUGUGAAUGGAAUGGCAGGAACCACUAUGAUGUUUGGCAUUGGAAUGACAAAUUUGUUGUGGAUUUGAUAGGAAAAAAGUGUAGUUGUAGAGCAUGGGAUUUAACAGGAAUUCCAUGUCCUCAUGCAUUGUCUACGAUAGGUUUAAGUAACUGCAACCCGGAUGAAUUUGUAUCAAAUUGGUACAACAGGGUUAAGUAUGAACGUGCAUACAAUGUACCAAUCAUGCCUUGUAAUGGUGAGAAAUUCUGGGAAAAUUAUCAUGGGGAGCCACUAGAACCACUGCCAUUUAGAUGCAAGCAGGGUAGGCUAAAGGUGAAUAGGAAGAAGGGUGAUAAUGAAACCAGAAAGGUGAAGGUGGGACAGCUAGAAAAGAUGACAAAGGAAGGUGGACAAAUCAUGUGCUCACUUUGCAAGCAACCUGGACACAACAAGAGGGGAUGCCCCAAAAGGCCAUUUGAACGUGAAGUGAAGGUGGGACAGCUAGAAAAGAUGACAAAGGAAGGUGGACAAAUCACGUGCUCACUUUGCAAGCAACCUGGACACAACAAGAGGGGAUGCCCCAAAAGGCCAUCUGAACGUGAAGGAGCAUCAGCAAGCACUCACCAGCCAAUACCAAGAAAACCUUCAACUUGUGGAUAUUGUAAACAGCCUGGUCACACCAGGACAACAUGCACUGCUAGAUAUUUUGUUGAUGAAAAUUUUGGUCAAUCUGAUGGACUAGGAAGAAAGAAGAAGCACAUAUUUGGUGAAUACAUUAAUUCACCAGAAUUGAACCCUCAAGGUCUGCAAGGGGAGACUGCUAUGAGACAUACCCAUCCUAGUCAAUUUCAUAAGGCACAGGCACCUCGGAAAUCAGCCAAGAAGAAGGGAUCAAGUGAAGCUUGAGGAAUGGUUCUUUUCUUUUUUUCUUUUUUUUUGGUUUGAUUCAUGGGAGUAAAGAACUUUGGUUUAAGGUUGCAGAAGGUGUUUUCUGUAGGUAAUAUGUAAAUGCAGUAAAUGCAUGGAAACAAA